AGCAAAUGAUGUGGUCUGCUCCCGAUGACAGCCGAGGGCCCGCACGGUGGAUCAGUCUUUCCGGGGUUCAAACAGCUAGUCUGGUGUGUCUAAAGAGAGUCGGGAACCAUCGAUGACAAAUUAGCAGUGUAUCUAUGCAACGUUUGCAUUAAAAGCAGGCGCACUGCGUUACAUAAAGACGUCCAGUGCGACGCGGCAUCAAGGAUUUCAAUCAACUACAACAACGGCUAACAGUUCGCAGCUAAAUAGUUAGCCACGACCGCAGACAGGUAUGUCUGAAGUUAGUCUUGAGGCUGAAACGGGGAAGACCUCAGCCGAGGACUCUCAGAUGGAUUGUGAGGAGGCUGGCAAAGCGAAGGAGAGCUUGAGUGAGGAAGUAGAACAGGAGAGUGUAGACAACAGUAGUGGAGGAGAUGACACAGCUGAUGUGCUGUACGACAUUGAUAUUGACAGCGCCGAAGAAAAUGCAGAACAUGUUGACAGAGAUGUUCAGAAGGAGGAUGAGGGCAUUCAGAGAGAGAGUGCGGUGGCAUGCAGUGACAGUGAUGCCGCACGCGUGUCUGACAGUGUAGAAAACGGGAGAUGUGAGACAAAUCAUCGUGUUGAAACAGCUGAAACGCCAGAGGAAAGUGGGGAUUCUCACACUGAAACAAAGGAAAGCACAAUGACAGAGGAGUCUCAUAGAAGCUCAGCCGCUGAGAUCCCAGUCACCAGCAAUGGAGACCUGGAUCAGAGCCCUGAGACGGUUUUUCAGAGGGAAUCUUAUCCCAUUGGCCCCGGGGCCCUAAACCUUUCAGACUCCUGUGUCACGGCCAGUAACUUUGGUUCAACAACAGAGGGCAUCAUUGAAUCAGGACCGUACAAAGGGUCAGCAAGCCUGCCCACAUCACCCGUGGCACCUGUAGCUCCCAGCUCGGCUGUUGCUAGCCGCCUGGCGCGCUCUUCCAGCGAUAGUCAGGCUGAGACAGGCGGGAUGAAUGCGCAGCCAAAGAGUGGAGCGGUGGUCCUUUCAGAUGACUUAAAGAGCCCAGCGAUGGAAAAAUUGGACCUAGUGAGAAAGUGGAGCAUCAACACAUACAAAUGUACCAGGCAGAUCCUGUCAGAGAAGCUGGGACGGGGAUCAAGGACUGUGGACCUGGAGCUGGAAGCUCAAAUCGAAGUCCUCCGCGACAACAAGAGAAAGUACCAGAAUGUCAUCAAGCUGGCUCAGACGCUGGCCAGUCAGCUGUCCCAGAUAAUGCAGACGCAGAGGCAGCUGGGCGACGCCUUCGCCGACCUCAGUCUCAAGUCGCCAGAACUGCAUGAGGAGUUUGGUUACAACGCUGACACCCAAAAGCUUUUGUCCAAAAAUGGAGAGACGCUGCUGGGUGCCAUCAACUUUUUCAUCUCCAGUGUGAACACACUUGUGGAUAAAACAAUUGAAGACACCAUGAUUAAUAUCAAACAGUAUGAAAUUGCAAGGGUUGAGUACGACGCAUACCGUACGGAUUUGGAGGAGUUGAAUCUGGGGCCACGUGAUGCCACAACCAUGCCGAAGAUAGAGCAGUCCCAGCAGCAGUUCCAGAUCCACCGUGAGAAGUACGAGAGGAUGCGAAACGACGUCUCCGUCAAGCUGAAGUUCCUGGAAGAGAACAAGGUGAAGGUAUUGCACAACCAGCUCAUCCUGUUCCACAAUGCCAUCGCUGCGUACUACGCUGGAAACCAACAGCAGCUGGAACAGACACUCAAGCAGUUCCACAUCAAGUUGAAAAUGCCAGGUGGGGACAGUCCAUCCUGGCUGGAAGAGCACUAAUCACUCCGUUUGAAGCCACAGUGGCUCAGUUUGACAGGAAAUGUCAAAUUCUACAGAAACUACAGGAAUCUCCCUUCCUCCCUUCAACUCUACUGUCACUGCCUUUCAAACUUUCACAACUGUAAAUCUUUUAACUCAAAACACAAAAUGAAAAAAAAAAACUUCUACAAUCCUUUUUACUGUUGUUGUUAAAUCAUCCUUUUCAUCUUGCAGUUAUUUGAAAUCAUAGGAAAUGCACUUUUAACCUGUUUGACAAAUCUGUCGAGCAGGAGUGGCUGCAGUAAACACGUUCAAAGACUCUAAAUGGCCUUUUGUAUUCAGCACAUGAAUGUUGCAUCCCAGCUCAGCUCGGUGGACUGAGCUCUUUUAGGGCAGCCCCGGGAUCAAAACGACUGCUGUUUUACUCAUGAUUAACUUUGCUCUGCUCAGCUGACUGGGAUGGGGAUGAAUGCUUUAUGAAAGUCAAAUCAGGAAGCUUCAGAAGACUCUGAACAUGAAUUCUCUCUUGAUUCGAUUUUUUCAUACCUGUUGUGACAGACGGGGAGAAAGGCAUUCAGAUUUAUGAAUCAUGCAUAUGCAAAGUGGUCGCUUUUACUAGCAAACUCUGAUUAAAGUAGUAGUUUGACAUGUAGGGAAUAAGGGAAAUUGAGAAUAUCUAGAUUUGCUUUCUUGCUGAGAGUUUGUAUAAUUGACCGUUUCAUUGCUAUUCUGUUGCCAGGGCAACAGAUUGGGUCCAUGUUUACUUCCUGUCACCAUUAACAAACAUUCCAACUGGAAAUACACUUGGACUCAUUUAGAAGUUUUAUGUUGUCCAAAUCGGGUGCAUUAUUAUGGAUCCCGCUGCUUUUCUUGGCAAGCCCCGCCCUUAUGUGCUGUGAUUGGCUGGUACUGGUCCUAACAUGACUUAUUGCCCUAAUUCUAACCACCUCCAACCAUAAUGCAUUAACUGGCUGAGUCACGCAUUCACAGCACAGCAGAGCAGGACUUGAUUGCAUUCAAAUGCUCCUUAGAUGGUCCCAAUUGCCCAAGUUGGGAAAUCCUUCUUCCGACUUCGGUAUGUUCUUAAGCGUUAAACCCAUAUCGUGGAAAAACCUGGAUACUAUGAAGAAGAUUUGGAAUAUUUAAUUGCUCACAAUGUUAAACGUCCCAGUGAAGAUUCAUGAUGUCAUUCAGGUUUGGUGAACCAGUGUGAAGCUGUAUGUUACCAAGUGAUUUAGUUCCAGUUAGUACCUUUACCUGAUAAUGCUGAUAAAUAACUAAUCUAAUCUAACUCUAUGUGGACAGCAACUAACAUUAACAGCCCAAUACCUAAUAUUACAAAAAAUUGACAUUGCAAUUUAUGAAUAAAAUGUUGAUUUCCAUCAACUGAACAUUUACUUCAAUCCGCCAUGUUUCUACAUAUAUGACAUCAAGCUGGCAACCUGUCAACUGAAAUUUUUGAUGACUUUCUCGGUUGCUCUCAAUUGAGGGAGUGUUUACAUUAAUUUGGCAACUGAAUUUUAUUUUAUUUUACAUCUAGCCUUGCUCUGUCCAAACAUUCUGCACAAGCACCUCUAAUCCUCACUAAUAAAAAACCAAAGUGUAAAAAAAAAUCACGUGGUUUUAUGGGAGGUUACAUGCCUCAGGACAGAGACAGGUUAGCUGUUUCUCCUGAUUCCAGUCUUACUAAUACUAAGCGGCUGCAGGCUGUAGCUUCAUAUUUAGGAUACAGACAUGAUAAUGGUAUUGAUCUUCCCAUUUAACUCUCGGCAAGAAAACAAAUGAGAUUCUUUCCCAAAAUGUCAAACUAUUCAUUUGAAUUCAUGUUUAAAACUCAUAUUGAUGACUUUUCACAACAAGUUCGACAUUUUGUGAUGCAACUUUUAAUCACUAUUGCCCUCUCUUUUUUUUUGUUUCUUUCUUUUUUUUUUUCUUUUUUUUUUUUAGCAUUUCCCUAUUUUUUCUAAAUUCAUGGCAUAUGACUGAAUAGGUCAAAAUGUCUCUUUAUAUUCCAGAGAAAAUGAAGGACCAGCCUUAUGUGACUAAAUGUGCCUUGAAUGUUUGAAUUUCUUCUUCUCUUCUUCUCCGUGCUUUGAUAUCUGGUCUUGUUGUUGAAAACAGGCGUGCUCACUCCCAGUUGUUUCGGGACCAACUCUUGGAAGAGAAUGGACCAAACACAGAUGCACACACUCUUAGAAGACAGUACAGUUAGAGUCUGUACAACUGUACACAUUAAAACACUCCGCAUACAUGAUAGCUUAAAAAAAUGCUCCAGUAACAUUCAAAAAGUCUAAAUAUAUUUUAAGACUUGCUCUUCUCAAAGAUAUUUAUCUGUAUUGCACAUGCACAUUUAUGCAUUUGAGACUAAUUACAACAAACUUGUAAGAACUGUAUGAUAUGUAAACCAAAAUACCAUUAACUUGAGAAACUUUUUGUAAAUUUGAAAGACCAGCAUCCUUUGUCUGAGCUGCUAACAGUUUAUUUCAUUCGGUUAUAUCAAAGUAUAUUUUUCAAAGAGGACAUACUGUACGCUGGUAUAAGUAACCAACUGUCAUGUCCUCACUUUGUGGAUUUGUACUUUUCCUAUGGCUCACCAUAGCAGUUUGAGAGUGUGAAUCUUGUACAACAAUCUAUUGUUUCCUGGAAAUAGAUGGAUAUAUAUUUGUAAUUUUCUCUAUUUUACCUUGUAGUUUAUGAUCAAUGCUGCCAUUUGGCUUUGUUUUUUUUUCCCCCCCUGAAGAUCUACAGAAUGAUGUGCUAGUACUAGUAUGUGCUAGUGGAUCUCUACCUUUGUAAUAAUGAAACAUUAACAAAUGUUGAGUUAAGAAAAGGAUUCUGAAUGUUGUGUAACCUCUUUGGGAGAAUAAACGUUUCUUUUCUUUAUCA